AUGUCGGAUUGGGGCCUGGUUUUCGUGGCAAUGGUGCUUUUCGUUCUCCUAACGUCGGGGUUGCUGUUUCAGGUGCCAGGUCGCCACCGCUGCAUCGAGUUCGGCAACUUCCAGGCCAGCGGCGGCGCCAUUUUGCUUCACUCCCUUCUCUAUUUUGCUCUCAUCUGCGUUUUCUUGCUGACCUUUCAGGUCCAUUUAUAUCUUGGCUAA